AUGAAGAAGAACACAGAGAAGCUGUUCUUCAAGUGCACCAGAUGGCAGGUGGAAGAAACCACCGAUCUGGUCAACUGCCCCUACCAUUACUUCUGCGACAGCGCCUACGAAGGAGACUACCCGCCCGCCGUCGACCUGUCGGUGCUGCUCUUCGCCGUUUCGUGCUUCCUCUCAGCCACCGUCUUCACCCUCGUUGAACUCAGAUGCAGGCGGAGCUCCGUGGAUGUCAGCAACGGAAGAAGGUGGAAGAGAAGAUACCUGUUGCCUUCGGGUCCGAUUGCGCUUCCUUUGCUCGUCCUAAUCUUCGCAAACGGGCGCAGGAUCGGCACCAUAUUCCCUCUGACACACGUCGGUCCCGCCCUCCUCCAGCUCGCCUAUGUCUCAGCCCUGGCUUUCAGAAAUCGAGCUGCCACCGACAUCAAGUACGCAGUGCUCGAAGCUUCGACUGGUUGGCAGCUCUGA